UCUGGAGCGAGCGAGUAAAAGCGGGGUGGCUGCAUCUGCUGUUGUGUGGACAAAACCAAAGAUAUCCAGCUUUAUUUUGAGCAUGGGGUCUGGCGUCGCACGUGAACGAGACCUGCGUCAUGGCUGCGUCGUGCAGCCGCUCUUCCUGGCCACUUGCCUGCUGUCUCUGUCUUUUGUUUUAACUGCGAGGAAAGAUCACAACUUCACCGUCCAGUCAUCUCAGCUUGUGUGCAGUUUGCCCGGGCCUCCAGGAGCACCAGGCAGCCCGGGGCCUGCAGGACCCACCGGGGGGCCAGGAGGGAUGGGAUCGCCUGGCUCUGAUGGACAAGAUGGCAAGGACGGGGACAAGGGUGAUAAAGGAGUGAAAGGCGAAGCUGGCCGCACAGGGAACCCAGGGAAACCAGGAAUGAAGGGUCGCCAAGGAGUUGUAGGCAGGGCGGGGCCAAGAGGUCUGAAGGGGCCACAGGGGGCACCUGGAGUGCGUGGCCCGGGAGGACUGAAGGGUGAAAUGGGAGACUCGGGUAACGCUGGCAUCCCCGGUGAAUGCGAUUGUGGGACGCAGGCACGCUCUGCUUUCUCGGUCGCAAUUAGCAAGAGUUACCCGAAGGAGCGCACUCCCAUCCGCUUCGACCGCAUCCUGAUGAACGAAGGCGCCCAUUACAACACCAGCAGUGGCAAGUUCACCUGCGUUUUCCCAGGCGUGUACUACUUUAGCUAUGACAUCACGCUAGCUAACAAGCACCUGGCGAUUGGACUCAUCCAAAACGGCAAGUACAAGAUCAAGACAUUUGAUGCCAACACGGGUAACCAUGAUGUAGCGUCAGGCUCAACUGUGCUCCGGCUCAAGAAAGGAGACCAGGUCUGGCUGCAGAUCUUUUACUCCGAGCAGAACGGCUUGUUCUUCGACCCGUUCUGGACUGACAGCUUGUUUACAGGGUUUCUUAUCUAUGCAGAUCAGAUUCCUCAGAGAAACAGUUCUGCUGCUGCUGCUAGCUCCGGGUCGUCCUGAAAGAAGUUAUAUUGACCACAAGAUUCAGGCAUAUUUUGUUUAAAUUUACUGUAAGCUCUUGAAAAUUUAACACCAUUCUUAUGCAUGCUGCUUUUUUUAAAUUAAGUGACUAGUCACCAUUUUCAGGGGUUUGUGGCACCUAAAAUAUUGUUCCUUUGCUAAGAAAUAAUAUUUUAUACCAAAACUGUUGCCAUCUGAAGGUCCUUAGAUGUGCAUAUUAUAUCAUACUAAAACCCACGACUCUAAUUUACCCUUAUGUGUAUGUAUUUGACAAUUAAACACAUU